AUGCCUCAAUACGACAGAUAUUGUCGGUCAUUUGAGGACCCUGAAGCUGGAGAAUUGCAGGUACACCUUGAUAUACUGUCGACCGUUCUCGCGCACGUCUGUCAUAAUCAUAGCAAAAACCAGUUCGAAAGUUGGCAGACAUGUAGGAUUAACCUUUUGAUGAAGAAAAAGAUUGAAGUAAGGCGCAAACUUCAAGAAAUGGGUGCAUAUGAUUCUGAACAAGAGGAUGAGGUUGCCAGAGAAGCUGCUAUAUUGGACAGAUCAAAACGAAAGAAACCUAAAGAUAAACAACAACGGUUCGGCAAUACCUUUAUCAAGAAUUUUGAAAUAGAUUGGAUAAUACGAAAGGGAGGAUUGGCGGAGAAUUUAGACAUUUUCUUCGGAACUGCCAGAACCACGCGUAUCAUCGAAAGUUACGACAAAACCACAAUGAAUGUUUCUCUCAGACCGGGCGCUGCGGUUUGGGGCCCAUGCAUAUUUCAUGAGAAAUGCACUUCCAUCUUUGAACGGAGUGUGCCGUCAGCAACAGCUAAGACAUAUUUCAGCGAUGAAGUGAGGAGGGCAAAAUUGCAUAUAGCAGUGUUAGAGGCUGUCCUAGAUCAUUUCAAUGAACAUCACAGGAAGAAGGCAGGGGAGAAGGCGGUCAAGUCGCAAAUCAAAUUAGCAAAACAAAUCGAAGUAAGGCGAGACGAAUUACGGAAGUCCGAGGCGAAACAAUUACAAAAUCCUGGCGCCUCCCAGAAAUCGACUUACAAUUUACUUAAAACGAUUGACGACGACUACGACGACUUAGAACAGUUUCAAUAA